AUGAUGCUAAUUGAAAACGGGGCUGAUAUCAACCUCUCGGACUCAAACAAGACAACACCUUUAAUGACGGCAAUUCAAUACAACAACAUUGAUGUUGCUAUUUUACUGAUAAAGAAGGGAUGUGAGCUAGACACCCAGGAUAAUGAUAAAGAAACUGCUCUUCAUUUCGCUGUUCAGCUGAGUACACUGAGUUUAAUCGAUUUCUUGAUAAAACACGGGGCCAAUAUCAACAUAAAAGAUAGAAAUCACAAUACACCGUUAAUACUCUCUACAAAAAGACAAGAAGAGAAAAUAGCGAUGUUGUUAAUGGACAAUGGGGCUGAUAUCAACAUAAAAGAUAGAUAUGGCGACACACCUUUAAUAAUAUCAAUAAAAAAUAGAUAUAAAAAAAUAGCAAUGAUGUUAAUAGACAAUGGGGCCGAUUUAAAUGCAGUCGACCCCAAUGGAGAUUCAUUAUUAAUAUCUGCAAUAAGAAAUAACCUUGGUGAUGUUGCAUUGAACUUUAUAAAACAUGGUUAUAGAUCAGAUUUAUCCCCAUGCCAUGACUGUUAUCCUGGAAUAUUAUGCCACUUUUUGAUGAAGGCCUACUUGGAUUUUAACAAGAGACACCAGCGUUUUCUGGAACUAUUGUUUCUUUCUGGUUCUUGCACACAAUCUCGGUUAUUUAUGUUAUUAAAAGAUCCUCUAUAUUUCUCCCAAUUUGAAAAGAAUCCUGAAAUAUUGCACUGGAUAGAAUCUAAGAGUUGCAGUCCGAUGUCGUUGAAGAAUAUUGCGAGGAUUGCAAUUUUAGCUCACAUACAACCGAAUAAAACAAAAAACAUUGAAGAAACAGAACUUCCAAUGACUUUACGUCACUUCCUUCAGUUUAAUGAUAUCAUUGACAAUGGACCCAUUCCUAUGAUUACCAGAAGAAUAUCUGAGGAAACAUCCAAGACAUAA